CGAGUGUAGAGCUGUUGCCGCUGCACCACUGCAACCAUGUCGGGCGGGAUCGAGGAGCCAUACACUAUCGCAGCGCUACCGAAGCCGCUGGAUUCGGGAAAUGGGCAGAUUCAGCCGGCGACAGUAUACAGCUUGAAUGGCUCGCGGAAGAGAAAACGACAUGAGAUUGCUGUGGGCAUUGAUGGCGAGAGUGUCAACAUCUACAAUAUCCAAACGCAAAGUACUGUCAGCUCCUAUGCGCUUCCACCACAAUCGUACCUCGCCGCUCCACCCUGUUCGAUCUAUUGCAAACGUGCAAAGCCUCUGCAGUCGCAACGAAAUACCUAUUUGGCCUGCCAGAGCCGUCCGAAAGACUCGCGAUCGAAGCUGGUAGCCUUCAUCGAAUAUAUUGGCAGGCCGCAAAAUGAAGAUCAUGAACCGCGGGCACCCGUCAAGCGAGAACGAAAGCUGCGCGAUGGGAAGGUUGUUGGUCUGGACGUCGUGCCCACGGCUGACUCGAGGUAUGAGUCUGCUCCGAUCCUGGUGUCGUAUCAGAAUGGAGAUGUAGACUGUGUAUCCGGAAACUUGAACGAGACGCGGUGGGAGCAUACAGCGCAAGAAGAAGUCGUGGUGGAGUAUGCAAGCGUCGUGGAUUUGGACGCAGCGCGGAGAGGAUUGCUCAAAAGCCGCCAGGAUGUGCUGGCGCUUCUCGAUCCCAAUAUAUCAGAGGAAGGAACGGGGAACGCUCCCACCCUGCUGUGCCAGGUCGUGCGACUGGGGCAACAACGACAGCUUCGAGUCUUCGGGCUGCGGAAUGUUGGGGCGUCAGGCCUUCAGAUGCAGCGGUCGCCGCUUGAGCUCGUUCUCACUCACGAUUUGCCUGAGAAAUAUGGCGACGAAAGCUCGAGCUUCGAACUGCAUCCAGCCUCUGGCAUGCUUUACCAGCGACAUGGUUCGCGGCUGACCAUCUUCGACUUGUCCAACACAACGCCCAAAGUCUCCUUCGAGCUUGGUAAGAAGUCGGGCCAUGUCCAAAGCUUUGCUCGACUCUCAGCGGGAGCUGUCAUCGUCUCUUUGCAAAACCGCAUUGCUGUCUAUGAUACCAAAUUUGCCUCGGUCCUGGACUCACUUACCCUGCCGCAGGGCAAGGACGAGCAAGCAACAUCUUCGCCGACGCUGCUGAGCCACUUCACUGAUCUAGGUGUCGUCGUUGCAAUCAAGAGCACAAGUCUUGUCGCAUUCCAGCUGGGAGAUGCAAUGGAAGAUGUCAAACGGCAAAGGACUCAGGGCGCAUUGCUCUCUGAUGUUUUCGCCAAAGGGAAAUUCACCAACGAUGCCCUGAUAGUUGAGACAAAAGAAAAGAAGCGCAAGAAGUGGGAUGACUGGAAGGCGAAAGUCGAUACUAUCAUCCAACAGCGCGACCUUCCUGCUCUGGAAAAACGUGUCGCAAAGGAUUUGCACGUUGGCAAAUACGCAAAGCACGAUGACUCUGAGCCACUCACUAAUGGGGCCGCUAACGGCUCCGAAGAUGAUGAAGAGUGGGAUCUUCUACCACAGCAUUUCGAUCCUCAGCAUGUCGACAGGAAAAAAGCUGUUUACAUCCUGGGCAAGAUCUUUGCUUGGAGAUCAAAGACGAGUGGCUUCAUCCUCGGCCAGCGACAUUUACAAUUGAUCUUUCCCUCCAAGAACAUUCUGCGAUGGCUCGCUCUUGCUGGACUCCUCAAGGCGAUAGAAGUCGAGCAUGCGCUUCCGCAAGUAGCAGCAGAAUUCACGGCUCGACCAUAUGUUGCGCCCGGCGACAUAACUACCGCACUCAGCGAGGCGGACUCGAGCUUCGGACUUCUUGACAGCCUGCUCUCUCUGCCUGCUUACUGGGAUCUGUCCGAAGUAGUACAGGCUCUACAGGUCCUCAUCGCCUCUUUUGAAGAUCAGAACGAGUCUACCGAAGAGGCCCAACAGCUGCUCACCAACGGAGAUGUGGACAUGUCCAACGGCACCGCAGACGACAAAUCCGAAGCCAACCUGGAAGCAGAAGAAGCAGCAGCCCUCGCAGAAGUCGAGCGAGCCACGAAAUUCCUCGAAGCAGGCCUUUCAACCCGCAGCGAAACGUUCAGAAAAUGCCUCGACCGCCUCCGAGAGUUCCCUUCAAAAGACAUCACCAAAGCCAUGCGAGCCCAAAUGUCCCAAGACGAGAUCAUAUUCUUCAUCCACAUCAUGCGUAUGGAACUCGCCAAUGGCGGCUGGACCAGACCCUACGACUGGAGCAACGCCGAAGAAGAGGACGCCAACCUUGACCAAGACGUCUCCAUGAUGGACAACGGAGUCUCAGCUCCGCCGGCCGCCACCAAAGACCUUCUAUCACCUACUGCCUCCACUCCCAGCAACCAUGCAAUCCGCACCAUCGCCCACCUCCUCUCCUGCUCUAUCGACGCGAUCGGUCUCAGCGGCUGGCUCGUAGGCCAAAGCUCCAACGUCUGGGCAACCGAAGACCUGAUCGAAAGCCUCGUAAACGAAACUUCCGCCAUUGUCGAAGGAAUUUACCACGCCGAGAACCUCGUCACAUAUCUCCAGGAAAUCGACAAGACGUCCGCUACGGCAUUGAAGAGUGCUGGUAGUGAGAAGAAGAACAAGAGGAAAUUGGACGAAAUGGAAUGGACGCCCGAACUGGCGCUUAUGCCUGUUGGUGGGAGGAGUGAGCCGCCUGUUGUAGCUGGUGCUGGUAGCGGCAAUGGAAAAGUGGCUGUCAAGGCUGUAAUGGCGGAGCAGAAAAGUCGCGGGUUGGGAGAGUAUGGGUUUGAGAGGAUAAGGAUCUGAUGAGCUCCCCCUGCCGAGAUAUGUAUGUGGGAUGUGAAAGAUAGUGGUAACGUACUGGCGGGAAUGUACUGGUGUGGAAUCUGAA